AUGCGUUCCAUCAUAUCGUUCUCAGGCUAUAACCUCACGUUCACUGUGACGGUCCUCCUCAUUAUUAUUUGCCAUCUUGAAGCUAUUGCUUCGCCUUUGGUCGUCCGCGAAGCUUCUUCUGCGGAAGUGUCCUUACAACUAAUGGCUCGGGCAGACAGCUAUAGUCCUUCUCAAGCGAGCACCGAACACAACCAUACCGUCGGUGCUCUGGAGCGGUUUUAUGCUGGAAUUAUCUUACUCCCGCGGCGUGGAAGGAGAAAGACCACGUACUACAAAUACGGUGUGGUCCUGGGGGAACAUGCUUACCUGAAGGAGCUUGGCAACGUGGAAUACAAGCAACUGAAGACCGCAGAGCGUGGAAAUGUGAUUUCCGCAGGCGUGCACGAACCCAUGACUCUGCGCAUGGUGGACAGUGUGACGGCGGACCUGUUUUGUGCGUCUUCCGAGCACAGUUGCAGGUGGGUGGUGGAAACACUGGAUCUGAUAAAGAAGCAUUCGGACUCGCUUGAAGGUAUUGAUGAAAAGUGGAGGGGAUUGUCGGACGAGGAGAAGACAUAUAUUAGACAGCAGAUAACUGGCCAGGAACAUCUUCUGAACAUUCCGAUGACAUGUUAG